GGGGUGAGCAGCGGAAGCGGCGGCGCGGUAAGGUGUGCGGGCAGGCUAGCAUGGAGCCCACCGAGGGCCCGGAGGCGGUGAGCUUCCACGGCGACGAGGAGAUCAUCGAGGUGGUGGAGCUGGGCCCACCCGGGCCGGAUGACCUGGCCGACGAGAUGGAAGACGUGGACUUUGAUGACGAGGGGGCAGAAGAACCCGACGCCGAGGGUUGGGAUACGGAGGAAGAUGAGAGAGUGGAGGAUAGCAUGGAGGUGCAGGAUGACAGUGAUGUCACAUUCUCCCUCCACUCAGCUUCUGUUUUCUGCGUAAGCCUUGACCCCAAGACCAACACGCUGGCAGUGACAGGUGGGGAGGAUGACAAGGCCUUUGUGUGGCGUGUGAGCGAUGGAGAACUCCUGUUUGAAUGCUCAGGACACAAGGAUUCAGUCACCUGUGCUGGCUUCAGUCAUGAUUCUGUGUUUGUGGCCACGGGUGACAUGUCUGGGCUUAUCAAAGUGUGGCGGGUGGAUGCCAAGGAAGAAGUGUGGUCAUUUGAGGUGGGGGACUUGGAGUGGAUGGAGUGGCACCCUCAAGCCCAUGUCCUUCUGGCGGGCACAGCUGAUGGCAACUCAUGGAUGUGGAAGAUCCCCAGUGGAGACUGCAAAACCUUCCAAGGCCCUGCGUGCCCGGCCACCUGUGGCAAGAUCCUGCCUGAUGGGAAGCGAGCAGUGGUGGGGUAUGAGGAUGGGACCAUGCGCAUCUGGGACCUGAAGCAAGGAACUUCGCUGCAUGUCCUGAAAGGGCAGGAUGGUCACCAGGACCCCCUGACAUGUGUGGCCAGCAACCAGGAUGGCAGUUUGAUCAUGACAGGCUCCGUGGAUUGUUACACCAAGCUGGUCAACUCCACCACGGGCAAGGUGGUGAGUGUGUUCAAGAUGGAGAACAUGGCACCCAAGGCUCCUGGCCAGAGUGAGGAGGCUGAAUCCAACUCGGUUGAGUCGUUGGGAUUCUGCAAUGUGAUGCCACUGGUUGCUGUAGGCUACCUGAAUGGCACACUGGCUAUCUAUGACCUCUCCACACAGAGCCUGAGGCAUACGUGCCAGCACAAGUCAGGGAUUGUGCAGUUGCUGUGGGAGGAGAACUCAGCCGUGGUGUACACCUGCAGCCUGGACGGCGCCGUGCGGCUGUGGGACGCCCGCUCGGGGAAGAUGAUCAGCGAGUACCGAGGGCACUCGGCUGAAAUCCUCGACUUCGCUGUCAACAAGGAUGCCUCCAUUGUGGUGACGACCUCUGGUGACCACCAAGCCAAAGUGUUCUGUGUCCAGCGCCCUGAUCGCUAGGAGCUGCUGGGGCAUGGUGUGCUGAUGGUUCAUGUACAGAAGGAUAAGGGAGAUGGGUUUCACCACCCAUCUCUAGUGCCUGCUUUGUAAUUUUCCAGCCUGCCCUGCUUUGCCUUCACCAUCUGAGGCCAAGCCUGGGGUUUUGUAUGAAAAUGUCUUUAUAUAUAAAUUAUUUCACUUAACUGGAUGCCAUCCACUCUGCUUGUUGGGAUGAAGAGGACCUGAGGAGCUGUGCUCCCUGCCUUCUCAGGGAUCUCCCCAGCUUCCAACCACGGCUUGAGGAUCAAUGGCAGACAGUUUUAUGCUGGUCUGGGUAGAAGCAGAGAUCCCCCCCAUCCAUCCUAGCUUUCCCUGUUUGGGGGAAUGAGGGGAGCAGGCUAGGAGGUAACGGUGCAGUUUGCAAGCCAGGGGUAGGAGAAACCUGCUGUGUGCGGCCCCCGAGUUUUGCUACCACAACAGGGUACUCACUCCUGGACCUGGGCACAGCACCCCCCGAACUUUAGCCCCCAAGACAGAGAUCACCAGAUUUAAUUUGCUUCAGGAUACAGUAAUUGCCCCCCUUGUGCCUGUGACUUCCAGGGCAAGGCCACAUGUGUUGACAAGCCAAAGCUUCACAGCCCCUUAAGAUAGAAAGAUCUCCUUUAUUAAUGAACCCCAACAGUAUUUCUUCAGAUACAGGAGUUUUGAACUCAAAAUACUCAGAAGAAAACAAGUUAAUAUUGCAUUAUUCUCAUAAGAAAUACUGCAACUUGUUUCUGGUAACAUAUUGCAAAGCGAAACAGCUCGAAAAGAAAAAUAAUCAAAAGAAAAA